CGCCAAUGUAUGCUCUCAGCAAAGCCGUCUUCGAUAUGCGCUGGGUUGUAUGCAUCGAGUACUUUACCUCCAGAGCGGUCUUCGUUGCGGUUUCUAAGCGGCGAUGACAGGUCGGUCUCAAAACUGCUGGUGGCCAUUGGCGUCAGCGCGGUCGCAUGAUGCUUGUUGCUGUGCUGGCCAGCUUCCUUGUCAGCGGGAGGUGGCUCUUGGCAUGCCUCGUUGUCGUCGUGACUGUCAUAUGGGGUGGGCACGGGGGAGUUGGACUCGCGUACGCCGUCGAGAUUGUCUGGCAUUGAACGCAAUCUAUAGGAAAAGUAUGAGAAAAAAAAGAUAGAGAGUGGGAGAGAGGGAAAGCAAAAAACGCGACGCCUUUCGUCAUCGAUUCUUCCCCAUUUGGCCAUGAGGGCACUAGAAAAAUUGUUUUCUUUCCCAAUUGCCUGCAUUUCCUGUUCUCCCUCUUUCUCUCUUUAAUAGUUUCGCUCUGAAGAAAAUGAAGCCCUCGCUGCGCACAUUUGCCCUUUUAAUGGCCUCGUUGAGCGCCGCCUCCGCGGCUUUUGACUGCAAAACGUUGAAAAUUGCCGGGCACGCUUAUGAUUUGAGUGCACUGGCGCGUGAUGUGACGCUGGUGAGCAAUGCCACAACUCCGCCGACUAUUACCGGGACAAAGUAUACGCUGAACCCCUGCAGCGCGAUUAAGGGUGACGGCGACAGCGUUCCUGAAAUCGACCGGUGUCCAGCCGACUCCUGGGUGUGCCGAUCGGUGACCAACUACAAGGGCAAGGAAGCCAACCGGGUCACCGAAGUCAAUGCUGUCGCGGGUGGCCCAAAGUCAGACCGGGAGCCCAAGAUUGAGGCCAAGACAUCAGGGGACGACAAGCCGAAGGAGUUCCACUGGAAGAUGCAGGGCAUUUCUGUUGACAAGGUUGAGUGGAAGACAGACAUCAAGUUUAUUUGCGACAAGGAUAAGAAAAACGACGAGCUGCCCGUUGUCAAAAAGUUCGAGGAUGGCGAGCUGGAGCUCGAGUGGAGAGUCCCUGCUGCCUGCGCUCUGGGCGAUAGCGGCGACGGCAACAAGGGCUCGGAUGGAGAGAAGGACAAGAAGCCUGAAGACGACAAGGGCGACGACAAGGUCAGCGGCCGCGGCUUCUUUUCCACUGUCUUCUCGUUCCUCUUCGUCGGCUUCGUCUUCUACUUUGUGCUUGGCCUGCUCUACAACUUCUUUGUAGUCCACGCUACCGGCCUGGAUCUUGUCCCGAACCUGGCGUUCUGGCGUGAGUUCCCGUACUUGGUUAUGGACUUUUCGCAGCACAUCUGGGAUAUCGUCAGCGGCCGCCGCCGUGGUGGAUACUCGGUGGUUUAAAUGUGUUUCUCGUAUUCGUGUUCGUAUUAUUUCAAUGUCUGGAUAUUGACGGCCCAUUACACACACUUCUGAGAAUCAUCCAGGAAAUG